AUGCCCGGCCUACCCACAAUUACUCCCGCAAGCUCGACUCUAGCAACCGUUCAUCUCAUUCUCGGGGACUCUCCCUGUGAUGAUCUCGACCGAGUUCACAGCCAGGCAAUGGGAUGUACCGCGGCUAACCACGACAACGCCGCCGAGGACCUUGUCCACGAAACCACAAAGGACAUCGACCAGAUGAUACAGCAAGCGGCGCAGAGCAUGCCGCCGACUGGUAGCUGA